AUGGCUGCUCUUAGCAGAUUUGUUCCAAACAAGGCCAUGCCCUUCAAUGCGAAGCUAUUUGAUAUCAUUGGAGCUGACGAGACGCUUGGCAUUGCCAAGCACGAGAUGACUCUGCUUCCUCCUUUCCCUCCAGGCUCGGUCAUCCAUGACGCAGCAUGUGGCCUAGGACCAGUGACAGAAAUCAUUAUUGCCACAUCGCCUCCUGACAAUAUUAAGAUUGAAGUCACAGAUCUUGCACCUCCUAUGGUUGGUAUCUACAACAACAUCGCGACAGCCAAACAAUGGCCAUCGAAAGCCGCCAUCGUGGACGUGCAAAAGCUCACAUUCCCUGAUUCAGCCUUCUCACACGUGUUUUUGUCGUUUGGCUUGCCUAUUCUCGAAGACCCCGUUGCUGCGGUCAUAGAGAUCUAUCGCACAUCCCGCAAGGAGAGUGUGCGCAGGAUACUCACCGGGCGAUUUGGGGUCCUGGUGCGAAGCUGGCCCUUGAACCCAAACCCCAGCACAAGGACCGAAACAUAA